UGUGACCUAUGGGUCCAAAGACAGUAGCUCUAACAACUACACUACCAGCUGUCUUUACUGGUUGCUGGAAACUCAAAACAGGUGAAUGUUUGCCCUUGGGGAUUCCUCCACCAUAAGUAAGCUAACUUUCCUUCCAUCGAGGAGUACCGCGAGUGAAACAUGAUGAGUUGGCUGGUGGACAGACGUUACUGGUUGGCCAACUAGUUAAAGUCUGAACCACUUGUCUUUAGUAGAGUUCUGUCCAAGCUUAAUCCUCCCCAGAAAACUGAGCUUUCAACCAGCCUCUAGGGAUAAAAGUGAAAGUUUAAAGUUUCCUCCGGGUGCUCCGGUUUCCUCCCACAUUCCAAAGACAUACGGUUCAGGGAAAUCGGUGACGCUAAAUUGCUAGUAGUGUGUAUGGGUUCCAUGGAAUGGACUGGCAUCUUGUCCAGGAUGAACCCACCCAAUCUUGCAUCCAGUAAUUCCAGGAUAAGGUCUGCACCAUCAUAAUCCUGACAAGGAGAAGCAUUUAACAGGAGCAACUUGUUGCUCAAUAUGCCACUCAACGACGAGCGCCCAAGCUCCACAUCCGUGGCAGGGAGUGAGGACCAGAGCAGCGACACGGAGUCUUCGGACAGGUGUGACAGUGUGACGUCGUCAAGUGACCUUGAGUGCUUUCGUCAAAGCUUCACCAGCAGGGACUCCAGCAAACACAGCUCCCCUUCCUCCAGCCCUCCAAAAAGCGUAACACUUGAUGAAGUCAUGGCCUCUGUCCGCGACCUGUCCAACUUGAGCCUGGCCCAUGAAAUCAUUGUGAACCCCAACUUCCAUUUUGAGCAGCCCAAUCCACCCCAGAACAGUUUUGAGAAAAGAGUAAAAGACAUACUUCAUAAAGCAUUCUGGGAUUGUCUGGAAUCAGAUCUGAACGAUGUCCCUCCAGAAUAUGAGAAUGCCAUCAAACUGCUGGAAGAGAUCAGAGAAAUCCUGCUAUCCUUCCUGAACCCUGGAGCAAACCGCAUGCGGACCCAAAUCAUGGAAGUGCUGGACAUAGACCUGAUUCGGCAACAGGCUGAAAAUGAUGCUGUGGACAUCCAGGGGCUUGCUGGUUACAUCAUCACUGUCAUGGGGAAGUUAUGUGCCCCAGUGAGGGAUGAUGAGGUGAAAAAACUCAAGGAGAACUCUGGCAACAUUGUAUCAAUGUUUAAGGAGAUUUUCCGGGUGCUGGACCUGAUGAAAAUGGACAUGGUGAACUUCACAAUCCAGAGUUUCAGACCUGAGCUGCAGAAGCAGUCAGUGGAAUAUGAGAGGGCCAAGUUUCAGAGCAUUGUGGAGCGGAUACCCAAUGCCCUGGACCACACCACAGACUGGAUCAAAGCAUCCCUUGAAGAGGUGAUGGUGUCUAUGCCCUCUGCUAGACAGUCCUGUUCAUCAGAGAAGGGUGUGAGAGCCCUCCCUAGCCCCAUGCUCGUGCUCAACACGGCCUAUAUCAGGCUCCUCAGUGGGAAUAACCACAAGAGUGUGUUCCCAGAAACCCUGAUGACAGAUGAGGCGCGUUUCCGGGAGCUCCAGCAUCAUCUACAGCUGCUGCAAAUGGUGGCUUCUGUCCUGUUGAUUGUCUAUAGUGCCAUUGGUGAGCCCAUUUCUGACCUGCCUGUGCUGGCUGAAAGGCUGAAGAAGAUGACCAGCAUCCUGCUGGAAGGGAUGCAUAACUCGGACUUUGACCUGCCCGAAGCCUUGCACAAUGUGGGCACCCAGAUCUGUUGCGAGCUGAACAAGUCCCUGACAGAGCGGAACUACCCAGCCCUCCCACCCAAUGUGCAGAUAACUCUGAAGGGACAGAUCUCCAGCAUCAUUCAAGAGAACAACCCCAUCCGCACUCUUGUUGAGGGAAGGGUACAGCAAUACUUAAGGAGCUUCCUGACUUUACCCAACUCCCACCACACACUGCCUUCCAUGCUAGGCAGUCUCUCUCUCAUCCAGCCUGAGCUAUGUGCCCUGGGAGCCAGCUUUGUUGGCUUGGUGAACUUCAACAAGCAGGUCUACAGCCCCUUCUAUAUGGGAAUCUUGAAGGGUCUCCUUUUCAGUGACAAACCCCAAGAAGUGGCCACUGCCUCCAAUGGCUCAGAAUAAAUCCUGCUGGGAAAUAACAACCUGUUCUAUUGCAUGUCUUCGUCAUUGGAGCUGCCCAUUUUGUGAAGAAAGACUGGGGUGAUGCAUGGUCAGAUAUUGUCCAGUUAAUGUAUUCCCACAAUCCUAUAAAUCCUAGGCCAUAGUGCAAUAUUAUUGGAUUAUCCUUUGAAUGUUAUGCCAAUACCUUAGAAAACAUGGUGCUUCAUACAAAAGAGGAAAAAAUAAGGUGUGCUGUGAUUUGUUUAAAGAGGUGUUGUUAGCUUCUACUGUAGUUCAUUCCACAAUGAACUACAUUUGCCUGAACCACAUGAUUUUUAUAAAGAAAUCUCCUGGAAUAUUUUGCUAUAAAUCUUGGUGUCAUCCUUUUCUUUUCUUUAAAUAAGGAAAAUGUUAAUUAUCACGGCCAGUUCUGUAAUAUUGACAAAUGUCAAACAGUGACCAUUCUGUUAUGUUCACCUAUAAAAUUCUAUUGUUAGUAAAGCAUUUAUAUUUCAUAAAGGGAAAAGAUUCUAUAUUUAUAGUUAUGUACCCAAUUUUAUAAACUUUUUAGAUGCUUUCUACCAACAUUUUGGGUGAAGCAUUCUGUUGCAGAUAGAGAACAAAACAACAUGCUCAUGUGUUUGUUAGGGCCACCAGUGUAAGGACUGUUGUGGUUGGGUCCUGUUUAUAUUAAUGUCUUUUUUUCCAAGUUUCAGUAUAACAUUGCAGUGUGUAACCUGACAUAAUGUCUCUUCUAACCAACUUUUUGUAUGUUUAAGAUAAACAUGCUAAAAUGACUUGAAUCUAUGUACACUGUCAGGUAUGAUUUCAAGAGCAGUUUGGUGGCCCGGUGUUCUGGUUCGGCUUGCAUCUUUCACCGUGGACCUUUAUUUGUGUGGCCCCGUUUUUCCCCUACUUUGAACAGAGUCUCUGUCUCCAAGCAAAGUAGAGGACUAUCUGCGAGGAGUGUGGGUCAAACGAUAUUUUGUGUGUUUCUGAAGUCAACCACUUAACUAAAGAAGUGUGUUUUCUGUGUAUGACUUUGACAAAGGGGCCCUUUGAGAGUGUGACCAAACCCAAUCACAAGGGCAGUGUUGGCCACAGGGGCUUGUUCCCCCGGCUCUCCCGUGAAUAUUUAUACACUUUUAGAAGUUACCUAAACUUUGCUUAGACUCUGUAGGCUACUCUGUGUUUCAUGUUAUUAUUUUCUGCACAUGAUGUCCAGUGUAGGGUUGGUGUUUCAGAUCUUCAUGUUCCACUGUGACACACUGAGGUGUCCUCCUCCACAUGUUGCUGGGUGAGAAGAUGUGCCCCACACUGAAGAACCCGCCUGUCCACCGGGAACAUGGUCCGCGCUCUCUGACGAGCAAAAGACACUAUACAUGUUGUCUUUUUUGUAAAAUGACCUUUACGCCAGACACAAUGGUUUGUACAUUGUGGGAAUCAGUGUCAUUGCACCUGUAUUAUUCUUGUCGAAAUAAAACCUGGAAG